UUGUCUUCAACAGGCUUCAUUUUUCCAUACAACCAAAACACACAGAGUGCGAAGGUCACAAUUUGCCUAUCAUAAUCUGUUACUGUAAUUUGCAUCUGUGCUGUCAGACCAAAAAUAAUGUGAACACAGCAUGCUUUCAGCCACAGUGAGUGCUGAUUACUUGGCUCAUCCAGUAUCUGCAACAGCAGAGGGAAAAGAAGGGAAGCAGAGAGACAUAAUAGGGAGUAAAGUAUCAAGAGGAGGGAGGCAUGCAUGCAGUACCGAUUGAGUAUGUGUUGUUUCUUACAGUGAGGUAGGAGGAGAGGAGGAACAGGAGAAGGAGGAGGAAGGGGUGCUUCCUCUUCAGUCUGGGCUGAGCUGCUGAUGUAUCCCAGCAGCCCCGGUUUGUAGCAACAGGAAACCUUGGUAUAAAAAGCUGUGUCGCAGGGGGAACCCUCCUAAGUGUCUCUCAGCAUGACCAGGACAGAGAGCCUGAGAGUGUGGACUUAACAAAACAAUGCCCAGCCUAAUCGUCGAACCACUCAACACCCAGCAGUUCAUCAUGGACCGAGAUGACAGGAAGAGAAACAAGAACAUUGGAAAGAACUUUAUGUGCCGACUCCAGUGCAUGUUCUCACACUCGUCAAGCUCUGAGAGGCUAAGUUUAGAAGAUACCCAACAAUGGUCACAGUCACUGGAAAGGCUUCUCGAGUCUAAAUAUGGACUGGCGACUUUUCGCAACUUUCUCAAAUCUGAAUACAGCGAUGAGAAUAUAGAGUUCUGGCUCACCUGUGAGGAUUACAAGAAGAUCAAGUCUUCAUUCAGAAUGUCGUCAAGAGCCAAAAAGAUUUAUGAACAAUUCAUCAAAGCAGAAUCUCCUAAAGAGAUCAACAUUGACUAUCACACCCGAGAGCAGAUCAAAAGGAACGUCAAGACUCCCACCAUGCACUGCUUUGACGACGCUCAGAAGAUAGUUUACGGGUUGAUGGAAAGAGACUCAUACCCGCGGUUCCUCCGCUCAGACAUUUAUAGAACUCUCCUGGAAAACCUCGCCGCCGACGCCACGAAAGGAUGAAUCAGGUUGAGAAAGAACGGACAUGAAACCCAUAACUGGAAUGUUUGAGCUCCUUUGUGAGGAAGGGCUGGCAACAAAGAAGGAAGGAGGGUCAGCCUGCACGCCACAUGGACACAUACAGAGGCCUCACACCUCAGAGUUGUCACUAGAUCCAGAAGCAAACUGUGCCUUAGUCUCAUCCCGGGAAGACCUCCACACUGAGUACCUCACACCUGAGGACUAAGUAACAAGAAGAAGAUUAAACACGAUCAGCCUUAAUGACAGUGACCCUGUAGUAGUGCGUGUUUGCAGCGGAUGAUAAGCCUGUGUAAGUAGGCAAAUUGACCACUCUGACAGUGAAUGAAUCAGUGAUGUGACUGACGCUCACUCUGACGGCGGAGAUGCGUAAGCAAACUAUGCGGCGGACCUCCUUUGGCCUUCUUUGCAGAGGUGUUUCCUGUUCAGAUAGAGGAUGUAAGAUGCAACGGUCACACUCAGUUAGUUGUGUGUGUGUGUGUGUGUGUGUGUCUCUGAGAGAGAGAGAAAGCGAAUUUAGUUGUAGUUUUAAACUGCCACUGACACAGAAUAAGCUGUCGUAAUAAGAGUUGGCCAAUUAUCUAAUGACAGCACUAAGAGAGCCAACAAAUCCAUAACGGACAGAGGACUCAAUAAUGAUACGUCAUCCUGACUAAAGGGUUGCAGAAGGCCAUUUGGUUCAGCAAGAGGCAUUCUGGAACACUUUAAAAAGAGGGUUUUCUGUCUUUCUUUCUUUCUUUUCUAGAUUGGACUUAAAUGGGGUGUUUCUAAACUGAUACUGAGAUAUAUAGAUAUAUUUUAAUUUUGACUUAAGCUGCCUAUGGCUGAUAUUUUCUGCCAAUAUUCAAUAUAUUUAAGGUGUAUCAUUUUUCAAGAAAAAUCCUGGAUAAAUAUAUUUUUUAUAAUAACAAAAUAUAAUCAUGCACUUCUUUGUGUGUGUGGAAUUGUAACAAAACUCCCAUUUACAGCCGUCUGAUCAUACUUCAUUAGCACAAGACUACUGGCUGUUGUUUUAGUCUUAUUCUAAUUUCCAAGUUCUUUCAGCACUGAAGUGUCAAAAGUUGUAAUUUCAUGUGAUAAACUAUUUGAGUGAGAUUACUAUAGAGAUAGGACAUAUCACCUUGCAUGACAGGAUGUUAAAACUCCUUGUAUACCCUGAGAAUAUUCAUUGUUAUUGCUUUUUAAAGCAUGUUGUUUGAAUGUAUUCUUAGGAGUUAAGUUAACUUAAAGGUUAAACGACGUGUUAUUUAUUGUCAGUUGUCACCAUUUGAGUAGAGGAUUUGUUGCAGUGUUCAAAUGCUUCAGUGCUUGUUAAAAUGUUAGUGAUUUGAAUGACAUUAAAUUAUUUCAAUUACUUUCUUGGAA